UUCAUUGAGUCGCCGGUUGUUUCUUGCUGACAGCGAGGCCGUGUUUGUACCCCCCUCGAGGACGGAGAGAAGGGCAGGUGAACUUUGAUUUGCUGAGUGCGGUGGAGCUGGAGGUGCAUCGGGUCCAGGAACCGUUUACGUGGACUUCGGCGAGUGAUUGGACAAGUCGUAGAUAGGAGCCACCUCCAGUGUUUCCUGUCCCUUCUCCUCCUCCUCACCCUCUGUCCCUCCAUCUCCCUUCCCUUGUCAAUUUUCCCCCUCCUCCAAUAUCCAUCAUGCUUAUCAAGGAGUACCGCAUCCCCAUGCCCAUGAGUGUGGAGGAGUACCGUAUUGCCCAGCUCUAUAUGAUCCAGAAAAAGAGCAGAGAAGAGAGCUGUGGUGAAGGAAGCGGGGUGGAGAUUCUAGAGAAUAAGCCCUACACAGAUGGACCCGGUGGGUCGGGCCAGUACACCCACAAGGUCUACCAUAUUGGCAUGCACAUUCCCAGCUGGUUCCGCUCCAUCUUGCCCAAAGCAGCACUGAGGGUGGAAGAGGAGUCCUGGAACGCCUACCCUUACACCCGCACCAGGUACACCUGCCCCUUUGUUGAGAAGUUCUCCAUUGACAUUGAGACCCACUACAAACCCGACACAGGCAACCAGGCAGAUGUUUUCAACAUGUCUGCAGUGGAGAAGAGGCAGCGGUCUAUCGACCCAAUUGACAUAGUGACGGAUCCCAUGUCCCCUCAUGAGUACAAAGCAGAGGAGGACACACGGCUCUUCAAGUCGGCCAAGACCCAGAGGGGUCCUCUGCAGGACGACUGGAUAGAAGAGUACAACAAUGACCCUGGGAAGACCCCCAUCAUGUGUGCCUACAAACUUUGCAAGGUGGAGUUUCGUUACUGGGGCAUGCAGUCUAAGAUCGAACGCUUCAUCCAUGAUGUUGGACUGAGGAAGGUAAUGGUGCGUGCCCACCGGCAGGCCUGGUGCUGGCAGGAUGAGUGGUACGGUCUGACCAUGGAGGACAUCCGGCACCUGGAACUGGAAACCCAGCUGGCCCUGGCCACCAAGAUGGCCCAGUUCAGUCAGGCAGAGGAGGCCACAGAGGCCAAUGGAGGCGCUCCAUCUCCAGACAAAGACCAGGAGGCUAAAGAGGCGAUCAGCUCUAUCGAAGCUGAUGAGGUGGUUGAAAGCUCAAGCGGAGAGGUUCUCCAGCCUCGCGGCGUACUCACCAAGCAGUGGUCCACUUCAUCCCGAUCCUCCCGCUCGUCCAAGAGAGGAGUGAGCCCAUCACGUCACAGCCUCUCGGAGUGGAGGAUGCAGAGCAUCGCUCGAGACUCAGAAGACAGCUCUGACGAGGAGUUCUUCGACGCUCAUGAGGAUCUGUCGGACGGCGAGGAGGUCUUCCCAAAGGAGAUCGCAAAGUGGAACUCCAACGACCUCAUGGACAAGAUGGAGGCUGCAGAGGAAACGCCUGGGGAGCUGUUGAAGGAAAUGACAGUGGAUUAUGAAAGAGCAACCAGCGAGGAAAGACUAGAUGAGAUGCGUGGCUCUGUUAGCGGCCAAACCGAUAGCACUCCCAUUCCUACCAUCACGGUAACGAGGCACCAGUCAGAGAGCUUGUCCCAGCCGUGUCUGCAGCCUUCCAAGAUCCACGUGCUGGUCUUGGUUCUGCACGGAGGGAACAUCCUGGACACAGGCGGGGGGGACCAGAACAGCAAGCAGGCCGACGUCAACACGAUCAGCACAGCUUUCGACGCGGUCAUGCGCGUUCACUACCCCGCAGCGCUGGGACGCAUCGCCAUCCGCCUGGUACCCUGCCCUGCCAUCUGCGCCGAGGCCUUCUCCCUGGUGUCCAACCUGAGCCCGUACAGCUACGAUGAGGGUUGUCUGUCCAGCAGCCAGGACCACAUCCCCCUGGCAGCGCUCCCUCUACUGGCAACCUCGGCUCCACAGUACCAGGACGCCAUGGCCGCCGUCGUCGUCAGAGCCAACCAGGUGUACACAGACUUCCUCAAGUCCCUUGACGGUGCAGCUUUCUCUGGCCAGGUGUGCCUCAUCGGGGACUGUGUGGGAGGAAUCCUGGGAUUUGAUGCGCUGUGCAGCAGCAACCAGACCGUCAAUGAAAGCCAGAACAGCAGUCGCAGGGGCAGCAUAGUGAGUGGGCAGGACCAGGAUCUCCUCUCUCCUGGCAUCAUUGUCAACAGCGGGCACAGGUCUGCCUCCCCGACCCUGGAGGGCACCCGCCACCUCAGUCGCAGUAACAUCGACAUCCCUCGUGCCAGCGCGGCUGACGACACCAAGCGGCAGCUGCCACGCAAGGGAAGUGACUCCUCCACCUACGAACCGGACACAAUAAAACAGCACCAGGCCUUCCUGACCAGCUUACAUUCCAGUGUUCUGCGGAGCGACACGGUGUCACGCAGGUCCAGCAGCAGCACCAUGCUGGAUGGGAGCUCCCAGGGGAAGUUUGACUUUGAAGUUUCUGACUUUUUCAUGUUUGGCUCCCCCCUGGGCUUGGUGCUCGCCCUGAGAAAGACUGUCAUUCCUACGCUGGAUGUGGCUCAGCUGCGGCCUGCCUGUCAACAGGUCUACAACCUGUUCCACCCAGCUGACCCCUCAGCCUCCCGCCUAGAGCCUCUGCUGGAGAGGAAAUUUCACCUCAUGCCUCCCUUCAACGUUCCCCGCUACCAGCGCUUUCCCCUGGGAGAUGGAAACUCCGCCUUGCUUGUGGAGACAGUACAGAGCAACGCUCAGCUGCUGCUUGACAGCGGGCCUCCUCUUUCCCUCCGCUGUCAGGAGACCAUCAGCGAGACCUGCAUCCCCGUGCCGGUGCUAAACUGGCAGGAGGGCUGCCUCAAGGCCACACCCGCCACUAUGGAGUCGGAUGUUGUUCAGUCUCAUGGUGGUGUCUUCAUGGACAGUUCGUACCCCUCAUCCCCCAUAACGGGCCCCCUAUCCCGGGGCCAGCGGAGGGCCAGUGAGGUCAGCAUUGCCAGCCAGGUCUCAGGAAUGGCAGACAGUUACGCUACCAGCAACGUAGCCAACAUUAAAACAUGCCAAAUUCGACAAUCCAAAAGGUUUGGCCUUUUGUCCCAACUCGCUCUGUCAUCGCAAAACAAAUUCUUCCUCAAAAGUCCUCCUAAGUCCCGUAAGAACCCGACUGAAGGAUCUCCUCAUGCAGAUCUGAACGGUGCGGCUAGUGAAGGUUCAAGUCCCACUGGCCAGUACGAGAACUGCCUGUCAGCAGGGCUGGACUUUGCUAUUUGUGAUCUGGUCUCACUGGACUCCCAGGCUGAAGUGGACCAAGUUGCAGCACGUUGGUGGGGCACAAAGCGGCUGGACUUUGCCCUGUACUGCCCCGAUGCUCUUACCGCUUUCCCCACCGUGGCCUUACCCCACCUCUUCCACGCGUCAUACUGGGAGUCCACUGAUGUUGUGUCUUUUCUCCUGAGACAGGUCAUGAGGCAUGAAAACUCUAGUAUCCUGGAGCUGGAUGGAAAAGAGGUGACUGAAUUCACCCCCUCAAAACCGCGAGAGAAGUGGCUCCGCAAAAGGACUCAUGUGAAGAUCAGGAACGUGACUGCGAAUCACCGCGUAAAUGACGCGGUGUUCACGGAGGACUCCCAGCAGGUGGUGACAGGCCGCUUCAUGUACGGCCCUCUGGACAUGGUCACCUUGGCCGGGGAGAAGGUCGACCUCCACAUCAUGACCCAGCCUCCAUCAGGAGAGUGGGUGUACUUCAACACAGAAGUGAGCAACAGCAGUGGGCGCGUGUCUUUUGUCGUUCCAGAGGACAAGCGUCUGGGCAUCGGAGUCUACCCUGUCAAAAUGGUUGUCAGAGGCGACCACACGUUUGCAGACAGCUACCUGACAGUUAUUCCUCGUGGCACAGAGUUUGUGGUGUUCAGCAUCGACGGGUCAUUUGCUGCCAGCGUGUCCAUCAUGGGCAGCGAUCCCAAAGUGCGGGCGGGAGCCGUGGAUGUCGUCAGGCACUGGCAGGAUUUAGGCUAUUUGAUCAUCUAUGCUACAGGACGACCAGACAUGCAGAAGCAGCGGGUAGUGGCCUGGUUGUCUCAGCACAACUUCCCUCAUGGCAUCGUCUCCUUCUGUGACGGCCUGGUCCACGACCCGCUCAGGCACAAGGCCAACUUCCUCAAGUCCCUGACAGAGCUUCACUUGAAGAUUUUUGCUGGCUACGGAUCAACCAAAGACAUCUCAGUCUACACCUCCAUUGGCCUCUCUCCCUCCCAUAUAUACAUCGUAGGUAGACCAUCCAAGAAGUUGCAGCAACAGUGCCAGUUCAUCACAGAGGGAUAUGCGGCCCAUUUGUCCCAGCUGGAGUACAGCCACCGCUCCCGACCCGCCAAGUCCAGCAGUGCACGCAUGGUCCUGCGUAAAGGCAGCUUCGGCGUGGGUGCCAACAGUGACUUCCUAAGGAAGAGGAACCACCUGCUGCGCACCAUCUCCUCCCAACCGGCCCCCAGCUCCCCGACGGGCAGCACUCACAACAGACCGGAGCGCACACAGAGCCAAUCGGACGGCGAGCGGCUGGAGCACGCGAGUGGCUACGGCCAGGGAGCCGCGCAGCGCAGCAUGAGCAUCACGGCCAGCUGCUGGGGCCGGAGCAGCAGCACCAAGCUGGAUCCGGGCAUCCUCAGCCCCAAAUGAGACUAGCGAAACGUCCGUACCUCCAGGAGAGUGACUGGAAAAUACAAAGCUGAGGAAGAGACCCGUGAGAAAGAGAAAUGCAAAGAUUGAAACGGUGUCCUGCUGCCAGAUGGGUAAAUACGACAAUGACACAAUAGGUGCUACAAGCUAAUGCCAGUCGCACUCGACGUAGAGGUUUAUGAACUGAGGCUAUGGCUCUAUUUAUUAUACAAACGCACACGUAACUCAACAGGCAUUUCAAUGGGCAUCUUCCUUAGACUGAAAACUUGCCCACAAAUAGAUACAGAGCUUAAACCGUCGAGCUCCAGACUGUUUCUACUCUUUAAUACGUAUUUAUCAGUCCGGAAUACAGCAGGCUUUUAGAUCUAGGAUGGUUACACAUGCAAGCACCCCGACGCUGUACACAAACAACACAAAGUGGUUACAGACAGCCUGUAUCAGGUCCAGGUUUUGAUACUGCUCUGUAACAGACUACUGCCACGGCAAGCACAGCAAUUACUAAAGGGAUCAGCUUUGACUAUAAUCAUUUUAAGGUUCCAUCUUUCAUAGUAAGAUUUGUUCUCUUCUGGGAGCAGAGCUGAAGAAUCGGGUAGAACCCGAUUGGAUGUGUUACUUUUCCCAGUGUGACCAAACAGACACCGAUUAGUUAGAAGAGACGAUUAUGUUGAUUGUUUAUCAGCAUUAAAAAACAAUGUUUUUUGUGUAGGCUAAACAUUAAUUAGAUCUAUUACUUGUUUCAUUAUAGGAAUAAAAAUGUUAACAGAUGUCUAACCAAACCACAUUCCAGUUCCACUUAUUUUCUAGUUGACCCUCGGAUAUCCCACGAAGCAAACGCAGGAAUUACCCUUCAACUAUGGUUGCAACUUGGUAUUUUUUAGCAUUUGACUUUAUCGCACCGCAGCGCGCUGCCGACCCCCCUGAAUCAGUGGUGUGGAACUCAGCAGUCAGGGAAACUCCUGCUACUGUACGGAAAAUGUGCCAAAGUAAACAGUAUAGAAGGAAAUGCUGUAUGUGAACAGAGAGGAAGUGGUUAAAGUCUCCUGUGUAAAAAGAUGGAUUAGACUGUAAGUAUCUAGUUGACCGGCUUCACGAGGCUUGUAUAUAAUUGUUAUAUGACAGUGCAGAUCUGGUAUCUGGUCCACUGAAGACCACUUUCAAGUGUCUUCUUUUCUCCGGGGGUAAACACCACCUCAUUCAGGACACACUUUAAUGAUUGAUGAUGAUAACUAUUCUUAUUUAAGAUCAUAGAUAUUUUAAAAUGUAUUAAUUUGUGAACAAAGUGUGUUUUAAGAUUACUUAAGCGAUGUUGGUUUUAAUUUUUUCUUUAAACUUCAGUUGCAUCAGUCGUAACUCCGAGAGGUCUUAGUAUUGUGUUUUUAUUGUUAUCUUACAGAUCGCCAGAAUUGUAUCAACAGAACUCCUAUCUUGUGUCAUAUAUUGUAGGUUUACUAUCUAUUUUUGAAAUUUGGGAUAUAGCUUCUCACUGGUUAUCCCUAAGCUGUAAAUGAGGCGUUGAAUGUGCUCAUAGAUAAUCUUCCUUCAGUUAAGAUGUCCUUUCUCUGUUCUACUGCGCCUCUAAGGGAAGAAACAUCUCAACGAUGUACAAAAUGCUGUCAGAAGUAGGAACAUAAAGCUCAGACCUACUUAAAGCUGUUCACCAUUGACUGUGGAAAUGGCUGCAGGUGUGUGGCUCUCCAAUAGGCAUGUAGAGACAUGACUGCAAUGGACCACUAUGGGCUCAGAUGAAAGGGAAAUGUGCAAUAUUACUCAACCGCACCACAAGAUCAAACUGCUGAGGAAAUGUAACAGUGCAUUGACAAUCAGUUCAACAGGCACAUAUUCUACAGGCGGGAAACAGAAGACAUCUUGGCACUCAACAAAAGCACAGGAAAACAUGCAACAAUUUAAUAGCCCAUCUUUAAAAAGUAGAGAUUUCUCACUGACCUGACUGAUGAACUGGUGCACACGUCAGUUUAUUGUGUACACCGAUCUGAAGGAGAGUUGCAGCACUGCUUCAUGAAGCGUGUACUUUAUUGGAGAGGAUCCACUCACUGGUGAUUCUGGAGGCUGUAGUUUGUGAUGCUGUUGAAUUGUAUUGUGUUAUAUUGAAUAGUGUUUCUAAUAUUUUGUCCAGGCAUUUUAUAUCAAUGAGAGGAGACUUCUGGAUAACAGAGUGCAUCCUAAUCUUAAAGGGCCUAUAACUUGUUUCAAAGUGUACAUCAAUCUCUGCAUGUGGAUCAUUUUAGAGACGUGACUUGAAGCCUUAUAAAUGAUACUGUUUUGGAGGUUGUUGAGCAAAAAAUGGUUUGUAAAUCAAUCGCAAUUGGAAAAAGUAAAGGCAGUGCUGUAAAACACGCACUCAUCUAAAGUCGCCAACCUUCCUGAGAUCGGAAAUGCCUGGAUAUUGAAAUCCCUAAAAAUGUAAAGAAGCGCUGCGGUUAUCUGUGAAGUUUGGAUACCUCUGGGCAGACAGUCGCUACGAUUCUGCUACUGACGCGCAUUUUACCAGAGGCCUUACAUCUCCCCUUUUCUGCCUUACAUCACCAUUGUGACGCCUAAAACAAAGCUGCUCACAAACAAAUAUCCUCCAUGGAAACGACAAGAAUUAGAUAAGGCCGAUAUUUGCUUGAAAGGCUUCGGCCGGUUUUCUUUGUAAAGGAAAUGGACACCUGUUUGAAAUAUUUCACCCACAUUAGGCAAACCGUUGCCGCCUCAAGCUCUGUCCACGGGGUUGUUAAAAUGCCUCCGCUGAUACAUCAACAGGCUUUGUACAUAAAUGUAUAUGCAACAUACCUUGGUAAAUAUUUCUCCUUGUACAGGGUGUGUAUAUUGUAGCUUUUGGAUAACUUCAUUUUAUUCAUUCCCUUGUGUUUUUAUGUACAGUGUAUAAAGAACAUAUAAAGAACAA